UGAUGAUGAUGAUGAUGAAUAUUUAACCAAAGUAAGAUUUGUGCAUACAACAACAACAAAAACUGUUGCUUGGUAAUUCGUCGUCUUUGGGAUAUUUUGUCAUGCAUAAUGACAACAACAACAACAACAUCAGCAUCGGUGGAAUUCAUGCCUCAAUAUAAUGGCCACAUCUAUGUUGUUCCAAUCCCUCUCCCGCUAAAACCUUACUCUCAAUAGCAUAACAUCUAAAAAUAGUACCCUUCUUACUUUUUCUUAUUCUUAGAUUAUUACUCAAAUACAAAUCAAUAUUUGGGACUCCGGAUUUUUUCUUUUGAAUAAUUGUUCUUCACGAUCAUCAUCGAUUUCCGAUAUUCAAUUUAUUUAUCAUUAAAAAAUUCAUUCAUCUAUUAGUCAAACAUGUGUGUUAUGGUACAUUCUUUAAACAAUUCGUUUAGUCUGGAAUUCAUUUUUAACUGUUGAAUACAGGAAGUAAAUUUUAUUUCUUGCUGUAAUGAUGAUGUCGUUUUUUUAUGAAUGAAGAUUAUGAUUACUUUGUGUUCAUUCUGUGAAUCAUAAAUAUAAAAGUUAUAUUUAGAUUUAAAUGUUUUUCUAGUUUAUUUUUCAUUAUUUACAUUGCAUUCAUAUGCACACAGACGCUAGCAGUAAACGAUGAUGUUGUCUAUCCAUAAUUACCAUUCAGAAUUACAUUGCCUUCUAUCAUUUAUUCUCUUCAUUCAAUGAAUUUUUCGUUUUCCAUACGAUUCUUUACAAUUUCACCAUUUGUUCGAAAUAGAGGGAAAAUGUUUUUAUGUAAUUCUCAAAGCAAUUGAAUCUUUUGCUUUUCAGCAUUCAUCAGCAAAAACUUAAAUUCUUUGUUCGUGCCAAUUUCAUGCGUCUUCCAUUUCAUGUGUUUGCAAUGUUGAUUGAGAAAUUUUAAUAGCAUAAACACAUGCGGACAUCAUUCACUAUUAUCAUCACAAACAUACAGGCAUCAAAUUGGUAUUAAAGCCCUGUUAAAGUUAUAUCUAUCCAUUUGAUUUGAUUCAUUAAUUCCAAUCAAUCCAAUCGAUAAAUGAAUGAUCGAUCUGCACAUUUGUCUCAGCUAAUUUAUUGAUUGAUUGGUUCAAAUGAUUGAUGAAAAGUAUGAUGAGAACCAAUCAACAAACCAGUGAUUAUGCAUUGUCAUAUUGUCGGGAUGGUAUUGGAUCGACAUCAGCAGCAUCAGCUAUUGGUGCUGAAUAUUCUAGACAUCAACAACGGAAUCUUUUCCAAUUAAUUAGCCGUAAUUCUAUGCCAUUUCAAAUUGUCAAAUAUGUAUUGCUCAUCCUUAACAUAAUGAUAGUUGCAACCACAGCCAUAGUCACCAUAAUCGUAUGUCUAUUGCCAACAAUAAUCUAUGAGAAGAAAUUAGCUUUGGAUAAUGCAAGUGCAUUUCUCAAAACUGGAAAUCUACAACAGCAACAGCAAUUGAAUUAUGAUCGGCGAUCAUUGGAUGAACAUGAAUUGAUCCAAUUAUCAGCACAAGAAAUCGAUACGAUCCGUUUGGUUCGAUAUUUCAUCUUAGCAUUAUCAUCAUUAAUCAUACUGAAUCAAACAUUGGCUGUAUAUGGCUUGUUUAAAGAACGAUCAUUUAACAUAUUGAUUAGUACCGUAGUCAUUGGAUUGAUUGGCCAAUUAAGCUUAUUUGUAUUACCGGCAAGCAUAUUCAUAUUGAUAACCAUUUAUUUAAUUUUCAGCAUUAGCUAUGUUAUUAUACUAAAUCAUUUGAAUUUGAUGGUACGUGAACCUCAAAUACGUCAACAGGUGACAUCAAGAGCACCAUCGAUAGAACCAUCACAACGAACUUGUUGCUGUCGAUGUAAAUCUUGCCAAUGUAUGAAUGUAAUGACAAAUCAAUCCGUUGGAUCUGCGAUCAUUGACAAUGUACUUGUAAAUCGAAAAGCAUCGAUUCAUACAAAUCACUUACCACAGCCGUCUUCUUCGUCAUAUCCAAAUAAUCAAGUUCCAUAUUACUAUGGAUCAUUAGGCCGUGGUAAAUCUCGUAAUGCAGAAUUAAGACCCGGUUCGAUUAAUCAAUCAACAUCUGUGGCCAACAGUGAAAAUAUCUACGCACAGCGACCACCAAUUCAUCAUCAUUCGCAUUCACGAAGUCCAGGACUACGUCCGACCAAUAAAUGUUCUAAUAUGAAUCUAGUCGACACCAUUUCAGGUGGUUUCCAAUCACGAAAAGAAAUGACACCCACGCCAACAACAACAAAUUAUUUUGCCUUUGAAAUGUCCAAAGAUACUGAUAUUAUAUGACAAAUUUGAUCGACAAUCUGAUUUUAAUCUGGGUCCAAAAUAAAAUCUUUUAAAUUCA